AUGGAAGGUCCACGCGUCGUUUUCUUGGUCGUCUUGCUACUUUUCAUCUUCCUGACUCCCGAUCAACCCGCGCGACAGCAUCUCCAGAUUGACACGGAUCGCAUUGAAGAACAGCGACAGGCGGAACUUGCGACCUUGCUCAAUUCCACUUAUGGCCAAUUCAAUCCCAAAUCGAAUAGCUGGCUGAAUCUCACGGGCUUCCGCCACGAUGACGGGUACCAGUGGGAAUCCCUCGCUACUGCGCAGGCAUUGAGCCGAAAGCAGUAUGAAGGCGCCUGGAAGGGAAUUGACCUGAAACAUGACCUGCCCAUCUAUGACCGAGUCACGGGCGAGAUUCGAGGAAAGGUCUUUCGCAAGGAUAUCACAGUCCCUGCUCCAUCGCUUAAUUUGUCCGCAUUGGAGCCCACGAAAGACUAUCUGUCAUCCCGUUACGAUAGGAAUAUCACCGACAAAGAAGGCGAGCUUAGUCUGUCUAUCUUCGAUUCUCGCGACCGAAAAACUCACGACGCCUCCGACAUCAAGGCUGAUCUCUCGAUAUGGACUGAAUCAUCUCCAGGAAAUGGUUGGCAGGCCAGAGUGCAGGGGGUUCAUCUUCCAUCUGGGCAAAUUAUCAUGUCCACGGCCAGCUCCAAAUUCAACGCCUUACUGGCCUUGCCUCAUUUUAUGCUUGACGCCGUAAGCUUCAAUGCUUCCAAGGCUGUCAUGAACGAGACCGUGCACAAGAUAUGGGACAAGAACUUCGAGGAUCAGCCCGACGGGUUAUCCUUUGCGCCCCAGUGCGAGCUGAUUGUUUGGCUGCAACCGCUCCCUUAUAGACUUGAAGGGUUGGGCCCUUCAGAAACGAACCGCUUCCUUCAUCAGGUUGAGCAGGAGUUAGAGCAGCCCGAAGGUGCCCCCAUCGGUCAGCCGCCGCCACUGGGCUUUUCUGCCACCAUCUUCUCGCCAGAUUGCGGCUAUAUGAUGGAGUCUGGGGCUGUGUUUGGCCCCAAGAUCGAAGCGUAUUGGACGCUUGCCCAACGGUUGCUGUUCUCGUUCAUCAUGGCCAUUGGGCUCCAAAUCGCUUUGUUGAAGCGCCAGAUGGAGAAGGCUGCAACUCCCUCCACUCGAAGUCGCAUUGCAUACCAGGGCAUCGUCAUUGCCGCUCUCGGCGACGGACUGCUGUUAUUUGCUCUUAUUGCGCUGCUCAUGAUCGAUGAGACCGCGUUCCUGAUGGUCGCUGCAGCUACGUUCCUGACUUGCAUUCAUGUCGCCUUCCUCGAAGUUAAAUUCAUCUUCGACAUCUGGACGGUCCAGGUUGGCGAUCCAGCGCGUGCCGAGCAUGAAAGACAGAGGAGGGCCGCCACAACUACAGCUCCUGCCGUAGGUGCGCCACCUGCAGUACCUCCAGCCAUCAGCGCAGGGGAAACGGACGGGUUACCGCUUCCUGCCACUGCGCCACGACCUGACGGCGCCACACCAAUCAUUAUUCCUUCGGACCAGGAUACACCAGCUUUGACUGAGAUACCAAGCGCGCGCGCUUCGUUUGCGGCGAUCUACAGCCGCUUCUAUUUCUCACUCGUCAUGCUCAUGUUCUUCUCUUUGUGGGCAAUGUCCUGGCCACGACCCUUACGCUCGGCUUACGCAAACCUGCUUGUCUUUUGCUAUUUCUCAUUCUGGUGGCCGCAGAUCUAUCGCAAUACCAUCCGAAACUGCCGUAAAGCGCUGACCUGGGAGUACGUUUGUGGAUCGAGCAUUCUUAGGGCCGUACCCGUUCUGUACUGGUAUGUUGCAGACAACAACAUCCUUUCUAUCGACACCAGUCCAAGCACCGGCUUGGCUCUGCUAGGCUGGCUGUGGCUUCAGGUUCUUGUCCUGGUAACUCAACGCUUCCUUGGACCUCGUCUUCUCGUCCGUGAUUCCUGGUGUCCGCCAGCUUACGACUACCACCCUGUCCUCCGCGAAGACGAUGUUGAGGCAAAUGGCAUGUCUAUUGGGCUUCUGGCCUCUGCUUCGGAAGCGAAGGGCAAAGACGACAAGACCCGCAAGAUUUUUGACUGUGCUAUCUGCAUGAAUGAGAUUGACGUGCCAGUCCUGUCAAAGGCAGAUGGAAUGCGCACGGGAGUGGUGGGAAGAGCUGGCGGGGCGCCAUGGCUUGAACAGGGCAAUUAUAUGGUCACUCCUUGCCGGCAUAUUUUCCAUGCAGAGUGCCUUGAAAGCUGGAUGAAUUUGAGACUCGUCUGUCCGGUAUGUCGAGAAGCCUUGCCUCCAAUAUAG